AUGGUUAAUUUUAAUGAAGAAAAGACUUCUUAUUCAUUAUGGAAUUUAAAUUUAAAUGAUUUAAAAAGACCUAAAAAAGAUGUUGAUAAUAAAGUUAAAAUGGAAAUUGAAGUUCCUGAGUCAACAAAAAUAAAUUAUACUUUUCGGGAUAUUCUUAUUUCUAGUGACAUAUUAUCUGGAUGUUACGCAAGUGGUUAUGCCAAAUUUGGUAAAACAGAAGUUAUUGCCUAUUUAGAUACAGUUCAAUUUGUUGAUGAUACCUCUUCAGCAGAACAAAAAAUUGUAAAAUUUAAACUUGAUGCUGAUUUUAAAAGUGAACUUAUUGAUAUUCCUAGAAUAUUUUAUACAGUUUUAAGAGAACCAAAUAGAACUAUAAAAUACAAAGUAAAUAUAAAUGUUAAAAACAAUGAUGGUGGAUUAUUAGCAGCAACUGUUCUUGCUGUAAAUAUUGCUUUAAUGAAAGCAUCUAUACAAUUAUCAGAUAUUGUUGUUGCAGUAACAAUUGGAAUUAUUAAAGAUACUGAAGAGGUGGUUGUUGAUCCUGAUUUGAAAACAUUAGAAAAAUGUUGCGCCACAAUACAUUAUGGAAUAUGUCCAAAUUUAAAUAUGGUUGUAUUGUUAGAUCAGGUUGGAUCUUCUACAAAAUAUAAUAAUAAGAAAUUGAGAGAUCUCGGACAUCGUGGUUGUAUGGUUUUAAAAGAUAAAAUAUUUAAAGAACUUCCAAAUUUAUUUAAGGCUGAUUCUCAAUGA